AUGGGUGUGAUGGCCGUCGGUCUAUUCAUCACGAUUCCCCUCCUUUUCCAUCAAAUUUCUUCAUCCAUUCAACAAGCCGAUCAUGUGGAUCCAUCCACAUCUCCGAUAGAUCGAGAUGAAAAUCUGUCUGGUGAUCGUCGUACUUUGAACAGUACAGAGGAUUGUCCGGAUACCGUCCGUUUGAGAUCUUGUCAAAGAAAUUGGAAUGAAACCCAACAAGAACUCGUCGAGGCCCGAGGAAAAAUCAGCGAACUCGCCGAGACGAAAAGGAAGAACGACGAUCUCGAGGCACAAUUAAGAACUCAAAAUACGGAAGUGAGAGACGGAAAGGCCAAGAUUGGAGAGCUCGAAGGGAAAAUCAACGCGUUGCAGAGCGAGAACUCUGACCUCGAAACCCAGAUAAAUCGAACGAUGACCUGGAUCUGGGAGCUGAAUGGAUGGUCGUAUUUGGCAAAAACCGCUUCUUGGUACAAGGCUUUCGAUCAAAGAAUGACAUUCGACGAAGUCGAGGCAUAUUGUGCGAAUCGAAAGAGCCAAUUAGUCUCAAUUCACAGUCAGGAAGAGAACGAUUUUGUUUGGGGACUCGCGAAAGAUGUUAAUUCGAUGUGGGGGUUCUGGAUCGGACUGAAGAAAAUUCCGAGGAGAAGACAACCUUUUGAAUGGACGGAUGGAAGUUCGGUGGAUUUCACGAAUUGGAAUGAAGGACGGCCGGGUUCGAGCACCCACACUUAUCUUGGGAGCGGCGAUGGGAAAUGGCUGCUCACAGAAAAAACACACCCAAAAAAGGCCGUGUAUGCUCGUCGUUAUCAGUGGGGUCUUAUCUGCAAAAGGCGCUCUCCAUUC